AUGAAGUACAGUCAGAACCAUCGUCACAAUGGUGAUGAUCACAAUGGUAGACCUGGGUCGGAGGAGGCGGCGGCGGAGGAUACCCUUGACCGAAAUAUCCUUGGUAACCACCGCCGGAAUGUGGCGGCGGCGGCGGCGGAUAUGGAUAUGCCGACGGUGGAGGCGGCGGAUAGGGGUAGCCAUCUGGCUGAGGUGGAGCAGACGGAUACCCCGCCGGAGGAGGGUAUACCGUUCCGUACCCUGAUCGAACAAAACAAUUACAACAAAAUACGUCAAGAAAACACGGAAUUCAGAUCAAAUUGA